UUGCCUGAAAAGACAUCGGAAAAUGAUAUCAAUGAUGACAUUAUCAAUGAUGAUGUCCCUGAAGAGUUUCUUGAUCCACUCACUUUUACAAUAAUGGAAAACCCAGUGCUGAUGCUGACGUCGAAGAUAACCAUUGACAGAUCGACAUUUAAUCAGAUAAUGCUUAAUGAUCGAAUAGAUCCCUUCAGUCGGCUGCCGUUAGACGAGAGUCAAAUUGUGGACAAUGCUGAGUUGAGGGAGAAAAUAGAAGAUUUUAAGAAAAAAGGAACUAGUUAG